GAGACACACAUUCAGCCUCCUCUCUUCCUUGCACUCCUUUCCCUUUUUGCUUUGCAUAGCUAUGCGAGGCUGCAAUACCCGUAUUUAAGGUACAGCAGGGUGCUUUUUGCUUUGCUUUCCUCUUCCCUUUGCAUCCCAUCCUUCUCUCUCAUCUAUUUCUCCUGGUCUUGGCUGGAGGAUGGCGAUGGUCUGGGUGAACACUAAGAAGGGGGUUGUGCAAGAGCUGCUGCGUAGACUGAGCUAUGUCACUCAUAACAUUGAUGAAAUUAUGCAAAAAGAGACAAGUCCAGUCUGUGCUGCGGACAUCAUGACUGAGCUUAAGAAGAAGUUUGCUCUUCUGCCUGGUGGCAGAGGCCAGGAUGGCAGCCCUAUCAUCAUCUUCCCAGAAUACCCGUUAUUUGGUGAGCUCAGCGAUCAAGAAUUUCACAGUGUUCUCAAAUAUGUGACAAGUAUUCCCAGUUUGAGUGCAGCAGGGGUGGGCUUCAUCUUAGUGAUUGACAGACGCCAGGAUCGCUGGGCUUGUUUGAAAGCUACAUUACUCCGCAUUUCUAGUGGCUUUCCAAGUAACCUACGGCUGGUUUUGGUGUUGCGUCCCCACACACUCCUCCAGCGCACUCUUUCAGAUAUUUUCUUUAAAUUCCAUGGAGACGAUUUCAAAAUGAAAGUGCCAGUUAUCAUGCUGAGCUCAGUGGCUGAGCUACAUUCUUAUAUAGAGCGAAGUCAGCUGACCCAAGAACUAGGUGGCACUCAGCAUUAUUGCCACGACACCUGGAUUUCUCACCGAACAGACAUAGAAGGCUUUGCUGUGUUAGUGAAGAGGAUGACACAAAGACUGCAGGUAUUUGGUAGGGAACUGGCAGAGACUGAGCUCCCCAACACCGCUCUAGCAGCCAACAAUCUGCUCAACACACACAGCAGCAAGAAAGAUAGUAUGAAGGAGGAGCUGGCAGAAGCUCUGGGCCAAGGACGGGAGAUCUUGGGGAACAUCCGUGAACCAGUGCGUAGGGAUCCAGACAGCACUCUGAACCCGGACCAGCUGGAGAACUUGGCCACUGUGCAUAGACUUAUGUCUCAGUUAAAUGAGAGCUCAUUAGCAUUUGAUGAGUUCUGGCUACAGCAUCAGAAGAAGCUGGAACUGUCCUUGCAACUCUGCCAGUUUGAACACAACUUUCAGCAGGUGUCCGCAGAAAUGAAGAUAGUGACUAAAAGACUGGCUGCUUUCUCACAUGUAGGAAUAAGCCAAGCCCACACAGAACAUCUCCUCAAAGAACUAACUGACCAGGAAGACAUAUCAUUUGAACUUCUGGACAGGAUGACAACCCUGAUUACUGAAGGCCAACAUUUUCUUGACAGCUGUGAAGACAGUGAUGAUAAUGUUAGGAUGAAGUGUGCUGACCUGCAAAACACCAGAGAGAAACUUGUGGAGAUGCUCAAAGCUAAAAGAGGUCUGCUACUACAGGCCAGCGAGCUCCACCAGAAACUGCAGAUUGUGAGUAAAUGGUGUGACGAUGGUAUUUACAUGCUGGCGUCUCAGCAGCUUGACAAGUGUCAGUCACAGGAGGGGGCGGAGUCCGCACUGCAGGAGCUGGAGUGCUACAUGGAGACAGCCAACGAGCUGCAGCAGUGGGAUGUGUGUAUGUUCUGUCAAGAGUAUGAAAGUGUGUUAACCACAGAGCUGAAGGAACAAGUAGAGCGAGUGUUUGAAAAGAGGACUUUGCUACAGGAGAUGAUUGAAAAAAGGAGGGUCAGUUUAAAAAAGCUAGCAGCCAAACAGACACGCCCAGUCCAGCCUGUAGCUCCGACACCUGAAGCUAUUAAAUCACCUCCAUCUUCACCAGCUCUUAGACAUUGUGGAAAGACCUAUGCUAGUACCGACUCACAAAGUGAAUAUAAUGAACCGUCCUCUGAGCAAAAUAAUGGAGGCGACCGUACAGCUUCGGUGUCGGAUGAGGAGGAAAACCUGGCUGUACUCCGCAGGCAUGUAAUGAAUGAGCUGCUGGAAACAGAAAGAGCAUAUGUUGAAGAACUUCUGUGUGUUCUACAGGGCUAUGCUGCUGAGAUGGACAACCCUGCCAUGGCAUCCAGCAUUCCCGCUGCCCUGCAGAACAAAAAGAAUGUGCUGUUUGGCAACAUGCAGGAGAUCUACUUCUUUCACAAAACGAUAUUUCUGAGAGAGUUGGAGACUUACACAGACCACCCUGAGCUUGUGGGCCGCUGUUUUCUGGAGAGGAUGGGAGACUUGCAGAUUUAUGAGAAAUACUGCCACAAUAAACCUCGAUCUGAGAGUUUGUGGAGACAGUGCUCAGACUGUGCAUUCUUUCAGGAAUGUCAGAAGAAGCUGGAACACAAGCUGGGAUUGGACUCUUACCUACUGAAGCCUGUUCAGAGAAUUACAAAAUACCAACUCUUACUGAAGGAGCUAAUUAAAUACAGUAAAGGCUGUGAGGGUGUAGUGGAGCUGCAGGCAGCUCUCUCAUCUUUACUGGGAAUUCUGAAGGCUGUCAAUGAUUCAAUGCACCUCAUAGCCAUCAACGGAUAUGAGGGUAACCUUGGCGACCUGGGCCGGCUGUUAAUGCAGGGUUCGUUUAGUGUGUGGGCAGAACACAAGCGAGGCCCUGUGAAGAUGAUGGAGCUGGCACGUUUCAAGCCGAUGCAGAGGCACCUGUUCCUACAUGAGAAAGCUCUGCUCUUUUGUAAGAAACGUGAGGAAAACGGUGAAGGUUAUGAAAAAGCGCCGUCCUACAGCUUCAAACAGGAGCUGAGCAUGAGUGCCAUUGGAAUCACUGAACAUGCCAAAGGAGACAAUAAAAAGUUUGAGAUCUGGUUAAACUCCAGAGAUGAGGUGUACACUGUGCAGGCAGCAUCUGAAGAGAUUAAGACUACCUGGGUGAGAGAAAUCCGGAAACUUCUAACAGGACAGCUGGAGGCUUACAGGGAAGCUAGCCAGCAGAAGACUACUGCUAACUUAACUGCAGAAGACAAUUCAACUGAAAGACCUGUAGAUGUGAAUGGGGAAAUCGAGAACCAAAGGACAGAUGAGGAAGGAGGCAAUGAACCUAGCAGCACAAGUGACAAAAAACCACAAGAGAGAGCAACAAGGUCUUUCUCCAGCUCUGACACAAGGCCCAAGCGACAAGAUAUCAAAAGUGACCCGACACCUUUAGAAACAGGGUCACACCCCAAUUUAAGUGGAGUCAGGCGCUUAAGUACAUCGAGCCUGUUUCAGAAUCGUAGGAAAGGAUUGCUAAAAGGUUCGGUCUCACUGGAUACUUGUAUGGAGCACCGUGGAUUUUUCACCUCUGAAGAUCAAGUGACUGCAGAGCCGAAAGAGGAACAAGAAAAUAAGCUUAACUUUGACCAUCUGAAUGCUGCAGAUGAAGAAACAAAAGUGACAGAAUCUUAAAGGAUGAUGGGUGAUAAUUGAAGUAAUUCCAAGAAUAUUUCGCAUAAGGAAAAAGGGGCCAGAGUACUUCAAGAAAACCACCUGCUGUUCUUCAUGUUUUCCUCCUUCACAUAAUGCAGCACAAAACAUACACCACUUCGUUGUAUUACAGUGUUCCUAGCCCUUUAAUGAAAGUGAACUUCCAAUGUGCAGGUGUUAUGGUGGUUAGGUCUAAUGCUCUUCACAUCAAGCAAAUAUCAGCUUUGUCUUUGCACGAGUAGACCCUAAACGUCCAUGUAUAAUUAGCAUAUCAUAUAUGCAAAUAUUGUUUUAUGGCUGUGCCUGUACUAAAGUCUGUAUGUCUGUUUAUAGUCAUAGAAUGUUGUUAAUGUACUGUAUAUGUAUAGAUUAAAUAAAAUUAAACCUUUAACAGA